AUGCUACCUUGCUUUUCCACUAAUCAUCCUAAGAAGGGGUUGAAGAGGUUGAGGAAGGCGGCUCCGUCGCGCGGCGAGGUGGACUCGGCGUCGCUGCCGCUGGAGCACCGCGCCGUCUACGGGCCUCCGCCCCCGCUCCCAGGGCUGCCCGGGCCGGGCUACGGCGCGCCGCCCCCACUGCCGGGCCUGCCCGGGCCCGACGACCCCUGGCCGCUCGCCACGCCCGACAUGCCGCAGAUCAAGCACCUCCAGGUGCAGUGCGAGAAGACGCACAUGCGCGUCAACAUCGAGUUCGACAGGCCCUUCUACGGCAUGAUCUUCUCUAAAGGUUUCUACAGCGACCCUCAUUGCGUUCACCUGAAGCCGGGCACCGGCCACCUGAGCGCCACGUUCGAGAUCUUCCUCAACAGCUGCGGCAUGUCCUCCUCGGCGAACCACGGCGGCGGCGGCUACGGUGGGCCGACGCCCAGCGGCAGCUACGUCGAGAACACGAUCAUCAUCCAGUACGACCCUUACGUACAGGAGGUGUGGGACCAGGCGCGCAAGCUGCGCUGCACGUGGUACGACUUCUACGAGAAGGCCGUCACCUUCAGGCCCUUCCAGGUUGAUAUGCUGCACGCCGUGACAGCCAACUUCCUGGGCGACAAUCUGCAGUGCUGGAUGCAGAUCCAGGUAGGAAAGGGCCCAUGGGCAUCAGAGGUGUCUGGUAUCGUCAAAAUCGGCCAGACGAUGACGAUGGUGCUGGCCAUCAAGGACGACGAGAAUAAGUUCGACAUGCUGGUGCGCAACUGCGUGGCUCACGACGGCAAACGCGCCCCCAUCCAGCUGGUGGAUCAGUACGGCUGCGUCGUCAGGCCCAAGAUCAUGUCGCGCUUCCAGAAAAUCAAGAACUUCGGCCCGUCCGCCUCUGUCGUCUCCUUUGCCUACUUCCAGGCAUUCAAGUUCCCUGACUCCAUGAACGUGCACUUCCAGUGCGUCAUACAGGUGUGCCGCUACAACUGCCCCGAGCCCAAGUGCGGCGGAGGCCUGUCUGGAGAGUACGGCCCGCCGUCGCUGGGCGCCGAGUACGGCGCGCCGCUGCCGCUGCCGGGCGCCGAGUACGGUCCUCCGCCGCCGCUGCCGCCGUCGCUGGGCGAGUACGGGCUGCCCGCCGCCGCCUUCCCCGACCCGCGCCACCCCUCCGGCCCGGCCGGCGCCUUCUCGGAGCCCAAGCCCGACGUGGUGCCCGCGCCGCAGCCGCAGGCGUCGGCCCAGCAGGGUGCGCCCGCCUCCUCCACGUCCAACCCGGCCACCACGGGCAACCAGCAGCCCAAUUCGGGCGGCAACCAGCAGCCGCCGUCGUCGCCCGCGCCCAACGACAACGAGGUGCAUCUGCCGCCGCCACCGCCUCCCGGCUACCAGAACGCCUACACCACCGUCAAGAGGAAGGGCACCGGGGGCAGCGUCGUCGACGAGCUGGAGGGCAACCUGGCCACCCUCGGAGGCCGGCCGCGCUCCGUCGAGCUGGAACUGCUGCACGGCGCGCGUCGCCGCAGGGCCGCCACCCAGGAGCUCGACGUCAACACCAGCCGCGUCAUACAGGUUGUGGCUCCGGGAGACGUGAACUUCGCUCUGGGCGGCUCGGGAUCGACAGCCAACGAGACGGUGGUGAUCCAGGCGGCGCCGCGCGCGGCUGACGGCGAGCACAUCUGCAUGUCGGUGCCCAGCUUCGUGGGCGGCCUGGUGAUGCUGCUGCUGCUGCUCGUGGUCGCCUCGCUGGUCGCCGCCUUCCUGUUCGUGCGCGUGCGCGCCAUCGACCGCAAGGGCGCCGGCGCCGGCGCCGGCUCGUCCGGCCUGGGCUUCGUGCCCUCCGUGUCCGCCUUCCUGCACCGGCCCUCCGCACCUGCGGGACCCUUCGAGCACGCCGCGGAAUUCGUCAAGGUCGCCGCGGGCCCCUGUCCCAACUGAGCCCUUCUAGCCUGCUCCUAGGCGUAACCGCAGCCUCGCUGCCGCCACGUCUCCGCCACCCGCUGGCCCACCUCACCGGUUCUGAUGCAGUGAGCAAGUGGGGCAGCGCCGUUGUGGGCGUAAAUCGACCGCGCUGUCCAUCACCGGAAACCGGCAACGUCGUAACUGGAAGACGAGCCAUCUGCAGACCACUUUACACCUCACACAAUGGACCAUCGCCAGUCUCGUCUGCCUUGUACGAAAAGCCUCAUUGAGAAUUGUUUGGCAAUGAGCACUUUACAGCAAUUGAAGAACACGUGACCUCAAGAAGAGAGUGCACUACUGAAGGUUCUGCUGGAUAAAAAUAAAACACUUCCGCCGUAAGUCAGGUACUACAACGACGACCACAAGUGCGACGGACUGUGUUCAGCUGUUUCGCGAUGGUUUUCUGUGCUGAGUACUCACUUCUUUCUUUGGUAACAAGUUUUUGGGCUCCCGUCCGUACGGUACACAGUGUUAGGGUCAGGGCAAGCAAAAUUCUUGGGAUAUUUAGCGGUGUGUCCACAAAUACAGCGUUUUUCUUUCUUUAAAUAACUCAGGGUACAUAGCAGUUUGUAGCUCCAGUUUAGUUCACUGUAAAAGCAAAACAUUGGCAGCUUAGAAAGAAGUGAGUAACUCAACGUAGAUUUCAGUUACGACGUUGAGGUGUCAGCAAGAUCCCUUACGAACUCAUAGGGAAGUGAGAUGUGUGGGAAACGUGGAAGUGUGCUGCUCGGAUAGCACGGGAGGUAUCUCGCCAGCAUUUCGGAAACGUGACUUCCUUGAAAGGAUUACAGUCGUGAGACGCGAAAUCCUUUCGGCCUAGGUCUGAAAAGACUGAACUGACCUGUUGCAACUGCCCUACCUUUUGUAAGAGUCUUAGCAUUUUACCUGCAGUUAGGCCAUUUUAAUGGACUUUAAAAUGACUUAACGGCAGAUCAGUCAUUUAAUAUAAGACUAUCCUAAAAUUAAGCACAACCUCAUUUUUCAAAAUGAUUCGUAAUUGUGUGUCAUUGACACCUUUUCUACUUUAAGUUAGAAAAGCGAGAUAUUCAGUAAGUCAAUAUUGCAGACUCUUAAUAAUA